AUGUCGUCAAAACGGUACGCCUUCGUCCCAAUGGACGAUGAGCCGGCGCCAUCCAAGAGCGACCGGCGCGACAGGGACAGGGACAGGGACCGCGACCGACGAGACAGACGAGACCGCAAACGCGACCGCUCGCAUUCAAGAUCUAGGUCCAAAGAUCACUACAGAGACCGCUCCCGGUCACCUAGCUACAAGAGCCGACGCCGUGACGGUGAUGACUCGCCCCGACGGCGAUCCCGCUCGCCACGCGAUCGUUCAUCGAACACCCAUUCAGCGACAACGACGACAACCACUACGCUCAACAAAGACGACGACCGCGAAGCCAAGCUCGCCGAGCUCCGUCUCAAGUCGCGUCAGCAAUACCUCGCCAAGCGCGAGGCCGAAAAGCUAGCCCUCCUGCGCAAGCAGGUCGCGGAGGAAACAGCCGAGCUGCGGUCCGGCGUGCACCUGACGGAGCGCGAGAAGGCUGAGUUCGCCAAGAAUCGCGAGAUCCUUCGGUUAGCCGAGGAGCGCGCGCGGAUUGAUGAUUAUCAGGAUGGCUACCGCUUGCCGGACCAGUAUGGCGUCGAUAGCAAGAAGAAGGAGCAAGCGCUGUACAAGAGGCAUGUAGAGAGGGACGAGUUCGGGAAUGAGAAGCAUAUUACCGAGUACGAGGAGUGGGAGAGAGAACAGACGCGCGCGGCCAAGGCGCAGAUUAAGAGUCGGGAGCGGGAGGAUCAAGGGGAGUAUGAUUUCUUGCUGGAUGAGGAUGCGAUUACGUUUGUGAGGGACGCGGCCGCGGCGAAAUUUCAGCCGCCGUCGGAUGGGUUGACGCCCGAGCAGAGGCUGCUGAAGCAGAAGAUUGAGGAGGCUGAGCGGGCGCAGAGGACGAUCCAGGAGGUGCGCAAGAGUUUGCCGGUGUACGCCUACCGCGACGCCUUUCUGGAUGCCGUCAAGGAGUACCAGGUCUUGAUCCUAGUCGGUGAGACGGGUUCGGGUAAAACGACACAGAUCCCGCAGUACCUACAUGAAGCAGGCUACACCAAGGGCAACCGCAAGAUUGCCUGUACCCAGCCGCGUCGAGUAGCUGCCAUGAGUGUCGCGGCGCGUGUGGCAGACGAAAUGGGCGUUCGUCUGGGCCACGAAGUUGGUUACUCGAUCCGUUUCGAGGACUGCACGAGCGAGAAGACCAUCCUCAAGUACAUGACGGACGGUAUGCUCCUGAGGGAAAUGGUCACGUCACCCGACCUGGCUGAUUACUCCUGCAUCAUGAUUGACGAGGCGCACGAGCGGACGGUGCAUACCGAUAUCCUCCUGGCCCUGAUCAAAGACUUGACGAGGGCCCGUCCCGAGCUGCGGCUCAUCAUCUCAUCUGCCACGCUCAAUGCCGAAAAGUUCAGCGCCUACUUCGACGACGCGCCCAUCUUCAACGUCCCUGGCCGUGUGCACCCCGUCGAGGUGUACUACACGUCCGCGCCGGAAAGCAAUUACCUCGAGGCCGCGCUGGUCACGGUUUUCCAGAUCCACGCGACCCAGCCCGAAGGCGACAUCCUGGUCUUCCUAACAGGUCAGGAAGAAAUCGAGCGAGCGUGCGAACGAGUGGAAGAAAUCCGUCGGAAACUGGGCAAACGCGUCCCCGAGAUCAUCGCCCUCCCCAUCUACUCCAACAUGCCCUCGGAGAUGCAAGCCAAGAUCUUCGAGCCGACUCCCCCAGGAGCUCGGAAGGUUGUGUUUUCGACCAACAUCGCCGAAACCUCCCUCACCAUCGACGGCAUCGUCUACGUCAUCGACAGCGGCUAUGUCAAGGAAAACACCUUCUCCCCCGUCGGCACAACCGGCCAGUCCACUCUCGCCGUCGUCCCCUGCUCCCGCGCCGCAGCCAACCAGCGCAUGGGUCGUGCCGGUCGUGUCAAGCCCGGCAAGUGCUUCCGUCUGUACACCAAGUACGCCUACCUGAGCGAAAUGGACGAGUCACCCACCCCCGAGAUCCAACGCACUUCUUUGUCCUCCGUCGUCUUGCAGCUCAAGGCCUUGGGUAUAGACGACCUGCUCGGAUUCGACUUCCUCGACCCGCCGCCGACAGAACUAUUGAUCAAGUCGUUGAAUAUGCUCUACGCCCUGGGCGCACUCAACUCCGCCGGUCAGCUGACCCGCGUUGGCAGACAAAUGGGCGAGUUCCCUACGGAACCAAUGCUCGCCAAGGCGUUGAUUGCUGCCACGCAAGAGGGGUGUGUGUCGGAGGUGUUGACCAUCGUGUCCAUGCUGGGCGAGGUUGGGACGCUCUUCUUCCGGCCCAAGGACAAGAAGGUGCACGCUGAUAGUGCCAGGGCGAGAUUCACGGUCCGUGACGGAGGCGAUCAUCUCACGCUGCUGAAUAUAUAUAACCAGUGGGUCGAGGCAGAGUACUCGCCUAUUUGGGCAAGGGAGAACUUCCUCGCCCAACGGUCGCUCACCCGCGCACGGGAUGUGCGUGAUCAGCUUGCCAAGCUGUGUGACCGCAUACUCGACGGGAGCGAGGCGAGCUGUGGAGGUGUGAACAACCCGACUCCCAUUCUCCGCGCCCUAACGGCGGCGUUCUUCCUCAACGCCGCACGCUUAAACAGGGCAGGGGAUGGGUAUCGCACGUUAAAGAACAAUAUCACGGUGUAUGUGCACCCGAGUAGCGUCGUGCGGGGGAUGGAUCCGCCGCCGAAGGUGAUUAUUUACCACGAGUUGGUGGUCACGUCGAAGGAGUAUGUACGGAGUGUGAUUCCCGUCGAACCGAGGUGGUUGAGUGAGUUUGGGGCACAUUAUUAUGAUAAGAAGGAUGUCGAGGUGUUGGAGGCGAAGAAAUUGCCUAGGAGCACCCACGAGUCGAAGCCCAGCAAUAAUCACGACCUUACGACAGAUACAUCGCCGCCUCCAUCAGGCAGAACAGGCCUCUCCCUCUACGCCAACCUCCUCGAAGAGGAAUCCGCAACCAUCUCCCGCGACCCAGUCUCGAACACCUCCAACGCCAGUGACGACGCCUCAGCAAAGAAACCGAUCGACCCCGCCCUGCGCUUCCAACCCAUCCGUCGGCCGCAAAUAAAACAACCUGCCAAACCAAAAGCCCCAGUUUUUGCCAAAGCCGCCGCGGCAGCAGCAACAGCCCAACCAGGCGCAGCAGCCACAGCCGUCCCAGCCCCAGCACAACGCAGCACCCUCGCCGACUGGGCCGCGACAGAAGAAGAUGAGUGGUUGUACGGGACGGGGGAGAAGAGACAGCGUGGCGGGAGGAGGAAAAAGAAGAAGAAGAUGCAGGAAGAAGAAUAUAGGGAGACAGAUUGGGAUGAGUUGUAUGACCCGGCCAGGCCGACGAAUGUGGAGGAGUAUUUGAGGAGUGAGGAACGGGUGAGGGAGGUUAGGGAGUGGAAGGAGGUAUUGUACGCUCAUAGGAGGGGGAGAGAGGAGAGUGAGAGUGAAGGGGAGGGGGGAAGAGUGGGAUUGGGGAAUCAGUUUGCUCCGCCACCAACACUGUAUGCGCCACCUCCGCCGUCACCUCCGAAGCCGUCAGCAUCUAUACCCGACGACGAGACUGGAGAGGAGGCAUACCGUCGACGGUUGGCCAUGUCCGGCCUGGCAAGGCCCCCUCCAUCACCUUCUCCCCCACCUCCGGAGCCAGGAGGAGAAGAGUCUGCCCCUCCUCCUCCUCCGCCUCCUCCGCCUCCUCCGCCUCCAGAAGAGCCCUCAGCUCGACCCCCUCCCCCGCCGCCGACAGCAAGUUCAGCUACUAUAUCUCGUGCUCCAGUACGGUAUACUCAACCCGCCCCCGACACCUCAACUCCCAUGGACCUCGAUUCAGAUCACUCCGACUCCGGCGAAGUCAAUUACGACAACAUCAUCCUGCCCCCCACCGCCCCCGACUCAUCUUCCUCUGCCCCCUUAGGCACCGAAGGCGAAGCGCCCCCAACCAAGCUGCGUGGGAAAGUCUUUGCCCAAAAACUCAUGGAAAAAUAUGGUUGGAAGCGCGGCACCGGUUUGGGAGCCAACAAUUCCGGUAUUACUUCUGCUUUAAGAGUUCAGAUUGAGAAGCGCAAGCGGAAGCCGGAUGCUGAGGGAGGAGGGUGGGCGGAUCCCAAGGGGGGAAGAGGCAGGAUUAUUGCUCCUAAAUCUUACUCUUCUACUGCUAAACAAGAGGGGGAGGGUCAAGGGGAGGGCAAGUUCGGUAAGACGUCGUGUGUAGUUGUGCUCAAGAAUAUGCUGGAUAAUAUGGAGGAUUUGGAGGCGGAAAUUGAGGCAGGACUGGGGCAGGAGAUUGGCGAGGAGUGUGGCGAGCGGUAUGGGCGGGUUGAGAGGGUUUGUGUGGAUGUGAUCGGGAGGAGGGUGUUCAUCAAGUUUGUGGAGGCUGUGAGUGCGUUGAGGGCUGUAAAUGCUCUUGAGGGGAGGGUAUUUAAUGGGAACUCGAUUGUUGCGAGAUUUUAUGAUGAGGAGAAGUUUGAGGCGGGGGAUUAUGAUGGGUAG